GUUUGUUGCUGAAAAUUCAUCGAAGAUAAGUAACUACAAGGCAUUUUGGAGACACUCUUUCGGACGUAUCGUCAAGAAACUCGGUGUCAGAACGGUAAUAAGUUAUAUUGAUAAAGACAGGAUGCGAAAAAAAAAGCUUUUUUACUGACAUAAACGCAUUUUUGUAUAGGCGAAAGGAAAAGCCAACUGGAAAGCAAUAGAAGCCAGUAUCAACAAAGAAGGUGAACCAAGUAGUUUGACAUCAUCAGCAUCCAAAACGCUAUCUGGAACGCCAUUGUCUGCAAAAGUAUUGGAGUAUGUCAACGAGAUGUAUAAUAGCAAGCUCAAGUAUCCAAAAUGGCAGUUAUCGACCGGAAAGAUCGUAGAAGACACGAUGCAUGCGUUUGCCAAGGAAUGUCUAUAUGAACACUCUUCUCUUUCAUUGAUCUUAGACAUCAGUGAUCCUUGUUGGAAAGCGCAUUUCACACCUGCUGAAUUGGUAGAGCUACGCACGUAUCACAAGCCCGAGCUCAAACCAUUGCCAAAUGAACUUAAAGAAUACUUGGACAAGUUCUCCGGUGUUUACGAUCUCAACAAGCUUAUUGAUAUCCAUAUGCAAAAUCGCUUCCACCCAUCUCAAGCUGAUUUGCAUUGGGUUGAAAAGACAAUUGGAGACAUCUUGGAUCUAUACUAUUAUAGCUAUGAUGUUGACAACAAAACGGAAGCCGAUCUGGUUCGUCGGUUGUGGGGAUUUAUCGAGAAGUGCUAUGACGAAAGCAAGUUUUAUGUUAUUAGUGGUGAAAAAGUCAGUGUUUCUUCAAGCAACAGAAUGAAUGAAGAUCGGUCAGUUCCUGGCGCUACACCACUAACAAGAAAAAAAACGGGGACGAAGGUCGACAUUUUGAUCAAACAUCUGUAUGAUGACUUUGGUGUCGGGGAGGCAGGACUCAGUGGUGGAGCUGUCUCUACAAAAUACAUAACCGAAGCAAGCAUUAAACUCCCGAAGUCCUUGAAAGAUGUUUUAUGGAACUUGUUGAAGAUGGCGACCAAGGAUACUCAACAAUUAUGUGUUCCAGGUUUCAUCAUCAAUGGUACCGAGCUGACGGUGAAAUUGAUGGACAUUCCGUCCGGUAAUGCCUGCCGUGUGUAUACCUUGGGUCCGAUGCCAUUCCCACUCAUUCCCGAAACGUUCUUUAAAAAUUUCAUUCCCUUGGUUACGUUGGUCUGGCAAUGUAAAACCUUGUUAAAAGAAACGCUACAAUGCCUCAAUACCGACAACAACAUUUUCAUCCCAACCAUUGACGAUCCUAUCCCAACAUCAACGAUACCACCCUGCAUUCCGUCGCCCAAAAAAAGAAAAAUAUCUGGUGCGGAUACCGAUUAAUAUAACGUUCUUUUAUAUAUGAUAUCCCUUUUACCAUUUGUAUAUGCAUUUCAUCAUUUCUAUCAUUUUGUAUUCUUAUUACUUUAAACUCUGUCAAUUAUUUACCGUUCCAUAGCUUUUCCAGAUUCACCUACGAGAAAUAACAUUUUUUCAUCGUCAUCUUCCAUAUAUCCAUAUAAGACAAUAUCAUUCUAUAACAAGCACAGUCAAGCACAUUAAAAAAUGUACACGGCUAUUAAAUCACCACG